AAAACAUUAAAGUUAAUUCAGUUAAGUGUGUGGCAUCGGACGUGUUGAUAGUCAGCGACUCUGUACUCGAAACUCAAAGAAUAACCUAAAAAUCCUGAACAGUUGUGCGUGUUGGUUGAGUUUUAUAGCUUCUAUUGGCAGUUGUUGUAUUAUCCAAACAUAUUUGGGAAAACAUCUUUUAAAAUGGUAAAUCGAAGCACUGUCAUUGACGAUGGCAACACGAAAGAACAACAAGAGCAGAAUCAGCCAGAAACUGUGACGACAGCAGACACAGGAAAAGAUUACCCGCAGCGCGUUAAGCGUGAAGCGAGUUGGCCUUCGGUUCUGUUUUACAUACAUUUGAAUAUACUUGGAUUGUAUGGAAUUUUUAUAAUGUUUACGAGCGCCUCAUUUCUGACAAUUUUAUUCACUCUUACUUUGACCUUUCUGGGCAUUUUGGGCGCGACUGCUGGAGCUCAUCGGCUGUGGGCGCAUCAAACAUACGCUGCCAGUACAUCGCUAAGAAUAUUCCUAAUGCUGUGUCAAACCUUAGCUGGACAGGGCCCCAUAUAUAGUUGGGUGCAAGCUCAUCGAUUGCAUCAUCAGAGAUUCCGUGAAGAUGAGGAUCCAUUUUAUAGCGCUCGCAGCUUCAUAGCCGCUCAAGUACAUUCACAAAUUAUGAGUUACACACCGGAACAACAGCUGCUGCUUGAUGGAGUUGAUAUGUCCGAUAUUGAACAAGAUAAAGUUGUCAUGUUCCAAAAAAAGUAUUACUGGGUACUGUACUUUUUCCUCCAUGUGUUGCUGCCUGUUAAUGCGCCACUUGAAUAUUGGGGGGAUUCCAUUGCUGCGGCCACCUUUGUAGCAUUUUCAUUGCGUUAUCUUAUCGUUCUGAACGUUUGUUGGCUAAUAAAUUCCGCACACUUCAUCUGGGGCUUGGAUAAAAACUUUAAACCAUCGGACUCGAAUAGUGUAUUCUUUAUAACAAAGAGCUAUUGGCCUCAAUAUCACUACCUGCUGCCCAACGACUAUCAAAGUGGCGAGUUUGGGGAUUAUGGGAGUGAUUUUACUACUGCGAUGAUACGUGUCUUUGCUGCCCUCGACUUGGCAACAGAUUUGCGGACAAUAAGUUCGGUGGCUGUGCGGAAGGGAUUAACAAACGCUGUGGAAACCGGUCGUCCAAUUGUGGAAUGCAUUCAGGAACAGGCAACAGAGGAGAUGAAUGAAAUGCCCAAAAAUCAUUAUUUGAAUCGCGACCGAUUUAUGUAGAUUAUGUUUCAUAAGUUAUCAGAAUUUUUCACUGUUGGUUUAAAUUUAAAUAAAAUGAAUUUCACUGAUUUUACACAA